UGUUAUACGGUAGGCAGGCCGGGUUCGGGUGGCGUGCAGGCGGUGUUUUUCUACGCGUUUAUAGACGGUACGCGCCCGCUUAUAAAACGCAGACCGUGUCGAAGCGGACGGCAGGAACGAACAGCGCCGGUGCCGACACGUUUUUCGGUCAGUGUGAAAAUCUCCGUGAUUCACCGCGUAUUGCUGUAGUGGCGGACGUAUUAUUGAAAAUCGCGCGCAAUGGACCGAGUUUAGUGCGCGUCGAAUUUUUUUUUUUUUUCGCCCAAACAGCCGCCGCCGCAGUAUCGCAGCGUCGCAGACCGUCGUGGAAAAUCAGAAAUUGGAAGAAGAGAGAGAGAAAAAAAAAGGGAAAACAAACGCCCGCCGACUGUCUAUUGUAGUAUAUACCCACCGUCGUCGUAUAUAGAUAAUAGAAAAGUCGCGUCUUCUCUUCCGCGUGCCGUUUCCGAGCGCCGUCGUCCCGCGCAACAACAACGAUACAUUAUAAUACACGAGUAUGUCUGUCCGCGGGUGGUUACGAGUGGCGUUCGCGUUCGCCAUUCUGGCCGUCGUCUACGGGGCGCCCAUCUGGGAGGAACUUUUCGGGCUGCCGCCGCCGGAGCCCCGGCAAUACCGCAACCAGCAGCGACCGCAGCAGCAGUCCACGUCGAACCGCGCGCCCCGGGCGGGCGGCAAGGAGAAGUACAAAGCCACGUGCUGGGUCAUCAACGCGGACAACUACGCGUUUCCCGGACAGGUGCCGUAUCCCUCGGCCCCGUUGUGCCCCUACUGACCCCCUUGCUCGUAAGCGUGUAAUUUUUUUCGAAUAGUAUACCCGCCUAUAAUUGUUGCCCGCCUACACCGAAAACCCGUUGGCGUACGACAUCUCAAUACGCCGCAGUGUGCGGCGGUGGAUUCGCGAGAGUUUACCGUUCCCCAAAGACAAUAUUAUACGCGUAGGCCGCGGAUUUCGCGACGCGACGCGCGUAAUUCAACGUCGCUACCGUAUUAUACCGAGCAAUAAUAAUUUGAAAAAAAAUUUAAAAAAAAAAAUGUAAUAAUAAUAUUUACGUGAAUUCUAUAUAUUUAGUACGCGACGGUAUACGCGAUACAUAGAUUAGUUAUAUUAUGUAUUAUUAUUAUUAUUAUCAUCAUUAUUAUCAUUAUCGUUAUUAUUAUUAUUAUUAUUAUAUAUUAUGUAUUAUUGUGUAUUCGAACGUGUGGCCCGCUAGUCGUUAACGCGCUCCGCGUCCAUUACAUUAUAUUAUUACCACCAUCAUGAUUAUUGUUAUUAUUAUUUUGUGCGUGUUUUUCGACGUGUAAAAUAAACGAACCGUUUCUACACGGCAUACCCGGUGUACGACAUUAUCU